AAUGAACGUAGCAACCACCCGAUUAAAGAAGGAAUUGCAACUGAUCAAGAAGAAUCCGAUGGAACACAUUGAAUGUUGUCCUCUGGAGAAUAAUAUAUUUGAAUGGCAUUUUGUUAUUCAUUCACUUCCGUAUGAUCCUUAUAAAGGAGGAAUUUAUCAUGGAAAAAUUGUCUUUCCUCCUGAUUAUCCUUACAAGCCUCCUGGGGUUGAAAUGAUAACACCAAAUGGAAGAUUUAAAACCAAUACACCAAUUUGUAUGAGUAAUACUAAUUUUCAUAAGGAAAGUUGGAAUCCAUUGUGGAAUCUUGAUUCGAUAUUGAAAGGAUUUUUGAGUUUCUUUUUGGAAAAUGACUCAACUUAUGGAAGUAUGUCAACAACACCAGAGGAAAAGAAGAAAUUGGCCCUUAUGAGUUGCGAAGUUAAUUUGAAAAAUCACAACUUUGUUAAAUUAUUCCCUGACAUGGUUGACUUGGCCAAGAAAACCAUUAAGGAACAAGAGGAAAAAAUCGUUCAUGUCAAGGCCUCUGAAACAAGUGUGGAAUCUAAUUCUGGUAAAUCAGUAUGGGACAUGACUUCGAUUCUAGUGCUCAUUAUCGUUCUGCUAAUUGUGCUUUAUGUAUCCAUGUAAAUAUAAAGAAAAAGAAAUUUACUUUU